GAGGGGAGGAGAAAGAAAGAAUGGACAAAAGUUGAGUGGAGGAAUGUGAGUUCGUCUGAAGAGGGAAUAAGGCGUCCUGAUGGGAGAGAGUUUUGGAGGCAAAAGGAAAUUCUGACAAAAUUACGCGUCGUGAUUCCAAAAAUAACAACUCUGGUUGGAAAACUCUAGAGCGCUCUUUGGUUUUGGCUUUACGCGCUUCAAUAGCUUACUUCACGUGCAGGAUUACUAAAACUUUUUGAACUUAAAAAAGAAGAAGAAGAAAAAAAGUGAUUAAGAAGAAGAAAGAACGAAUUAACUGCUUGCGCUGCUUUUGGAAACAGAUUUCAACAGAUGACAGUUUUGGGGACAACUUGACAGCUGCUAUUUUGAACCUGAGGAUUCGAGUUUUUCUAUAUAUUAUUUCCUUCUUAACCUUUUUGAAGUUUACAUAGGAAUCCGAGAGAAGCGCUCAUCUGUGGAAAGUUGAAGAGCAAUCUGAGCUCGCAUUAGCGCUGGAGCGAUGCGAUGAUGAUGAUGCGGUUUGAGUCCACCGUCACUGAUUCCCACACGGCACCGACGCCGAACCGCCGCGGCCCGAAACCAGACAAAAGAAUGACCGGGUCGAACCUUAUUAUUCUGUUACUCAUGAUAGCGUUGCGCCUCGGGACCGCGGAGCAUGUGUCAGGUCUACAUUUCGUGGAGAGCCCUGAGAACGUGACUUCUUCUCUUGGGAAGCCAGUGGUGCUUCGAUGUACCUUGCGAGCGGACGGGGUGGACCAGGACCCCCUGGACGUGAUCUGGCUGAGGGAGGGACAACCGCUGGACUUGGCGGACACCAACCAGAUGCAGUUCCCCGUAGAUGAGAACAGCUGGCUGGUUUACAGUGAUCUCAAGAUAGAGGAGGUACAGCUCUCAGAUAUGGGCGGCUAUCAGUGUGCGGUUUACUUCGGUUUAGAGGAGACAUUAUCCAUUGAGGGGCACAUCCAAGUAGAAGGUCUCCCUCAUUUCUCAGUGGAGCCGCACCAUUUGUCAGUAGUGGCUAAUGUAGGGCUGAGUCUGCGCUGUGAGGCUCAUGGUCCUCCUGAACCUGUACGGGUCAUCUGGCUACAGGACGGGGCUCCUCUCAAUAAACUGGAUGACCCAAUAUCCCUGUCACCCUCAACACUCAACAUCUCAGGUUUAAAUAAAACCAGCUCUUUCUCCUGUGAGGCGCACAAUCAUAAAGGUGUGGCGUCGUCUGGUACGGGUGUUGUGACGGUCCUUCCUUCCCAGCCCCAUGACAUUAAAGCGGAAGAGAUCACUAAUUCAAGUGUCCGUCUGUCUUGGCACAUGGGCUUUGGAGGAAUCUAUCCCAUCAGCCUCUGCAUUGUUCAGGUUAAAGCUUCUGGUGAAGACUCUGAUCAGCUGAUCUACAAUCAGAAGGUCAGCGCACCAGACACCAGCUGUCUGAUCUCGAAUCUGGAAGCCUUCAGCCAAUAUGAUUUCAGAAUGGCCUGCCAGAGCAGUCAGGGUAUCUCUAACUGGACGGCAUGGGUCACCAUCGGCACCAGCGAAGGAGUUCCGGAUUCGGCCCCAGACAAUGUGACGGUUGUGGUGAACGGAACAGAAGUGUUCCUGAGAUGGUCAGAACCUUCUGGAAAGAUGAACGGCCAACUACAGGGAUACAUGGUGGAGUAUAGCGCACCGAAUAUGGAAGAGGUUAUGGUGGACACGGGUUUGGACACAGAGCUGCCCGUCAAUAUCUCAGCACCCCUAUCAAAUGUUUCCUUCAGAGUGUGUGCGUACACCGGUGCCGGACAGGGACCCUGGACGCCCCUCCAAACCAUCAUGCUUGUUCAUGCAGAAACCGGGCAAUCCAGAGGUCUCUCGAGUCCUCCAGCGUUCUCCUGGCACUGGUGGUACGUGGUGAUGGCCAUCGCCGUUGCUGUCGCUCUUGCUGUGCUCUUGGCUGUGUACGUGACCAGGCUGAGGCGGAAGGAGACACGAUUCGGUGAGGCAUUUGAACCCAUGAUGGAGAGCGGUGAACUCGUCGUUCGAUACAGAGCUCGUCGCUCGUACAGCCGACGCACAACAGAAGCCACACUAAACUCUCUGGGGAUCAGCGAUGAGCUCAAACAAAAGUUACAGGACGUGAUGGUGGACAGACAUAAGCUAACGCUGGGAAAAACACUCGGGGAAGGUGAGUUCGGCUCUGUUAUGGAGGGUUUACUCACUCAGGAGGACUCUGUGCUCAAAGUGGCAGUGAAGACCAUGAAAAUUGCUAUCUGCACUCGCACCGAGAUGGAAGAUUUCCUGAGAGAAGCAGCGUGCAUGAAGGAGUUCGAUCAUCAGAAUGUCAUGCGGCUUCUAGGUGUGUGUCUGCAGACAGUGGAGAGUGAAGGCUAUCCAUCUCCUGUUGUCAUUCUUCCCUACAUGAAGCACGGAGACCUGCACAGCUACCUGCUCUACUCCAGACUCGGCGACACACCGGUGUUUCUGCCCUCUCAAAUGCUGGUGAAGUUCAUGACAGAUAUCGCCAGAGGAAUGGAGUACCUGAGUGGCAAAAAUUUCAUUCAUAGAGACCUGGCAGCUCGAAACUGCAUGUUAAAUGAGAACAUGAAUGUGUGUGUGGCUGACUUUGGCUUGUCUAAGAAGAUCUAUAAUGGGGACUACUACAGACAAGGGCGCAUCUCUAAGAUGCCUGUCAAGUGGAUCGCCAUUGAGAGUCUGGCAGAUAGAGUCUACACCACUAAGAGUGACGUGUGGUCAUUUGGAGUGACAAUGUGGGAGAUUGCGACUCGAGGUCAGACGCCGUACCCUGGAGUGGAAAACAGUGAAAUCUAUGAUUAUCUGAGGCAGGGAAACCGUCUGAAACAACCUCCAGACUGCCUGGACAGCAUCUAUUCCCUGAUGUUUUCUUGCUGGCUGUUGAGCCCGAAGGACAGGCCGAGCUUCGAGAUCUUGCGCUGCGAGCUGGAAAAGGUCCUGGAAGAUCUUCCGAGCCAAGACCCGGAGGAGAUACUCUAUGUCAAUAUGGAGGAGACCUCUGGAGAGCUGGGGGCCGUGGGGGGCCGUGACCCCAUAAUGGGUGUCCCCUGUGUUUUCGGGGCCCUGAAGGGUUCGGGCUCUGUGGCCACCGUAGAAGUCCACCACCCUAGCCGGUAUGUGAUUUGCCCCCAACAUGAGAACCAGCGCCUGCUCAACGCAGACUCUAUGGAGAGUCUGAACCUCACGGGUUCCACACCUGCCCCGCUACUGCACCCCUCGUCCUGUUCCACUCCAGUGCCGCCCUCUGAGAGUCAGUCCUCAGAGGAAAGAGACGAAAAGAUGAAAGUGCCCUGGCAGGGAUGAUGCUGUCGUGACUGAGAGCAUUCCAGACUGUUGAGCUAUUGCUCCUACCCCAUCACUUUGCACAGACACUCCACACACUCGACAUGCCAGACAUUCAGCGUUUAAAGACUUUUUUUAAUGCUCUUCAGGCAAAUAUUUUUUUCUUUGCAUUCCAAAUUGUCCUUUCUGUUCAGUGUAGAUUAUAAGAAGUCAUAGUUUUCUGUCUUAAGGUCUAUUCACACCAAGAACUAUAAAGAUAACUUUAACAAUAACUAUAUUAGCGUCCACAACAACAAACAAUAACCAGUAGCCCCACCCCAGAAUGCGAUUCGGUCCCGGAGAUUUGCUUAGGACCCCCAAUAAUGUUAAUCCACCCCUGACGAUAACAGUCUUUUUAUUCUAAGCCUGUGCACUGUGGUUUCAAAGUAGUGAAAAUGGAUGUAGAUGACCUGCUGCUGCUUUACAUUACGCAAAAACAUCAAAGGAAAAACAGACGCUUUUGGGUACACAUGAUCCUUUAAAAGACGAGAGGAGUGGGGAGAAUCUGCCACUCUGAUUAGAGUUGUCUUUGAAGACAAAUUUUAUUCAUACUUAUAUUGCAUUUCACAGCUUUUACGAGAAGAUGCCCUCAGCAUACUAUGUUUUGAGCGCAUCUAAACAGUGAUCCUAGCUAGUGUAAUCAAUCUAAUCUAACAGUGAAUUUACCUGACAAAUUCUGUAAAACAUUUUCAGCUGGUUAAACUUAGAAAUGAGAGUUUACCUGCUGCCUUAAAAAUGUGAGUUAACUAAACAUAAGUUAACUCAACUUGAAGAUAAUAUUUGUUUCAACUCACAAAUAGUCAAGACAAUGCAUUACUUUAAGUUUAAAUUUUAACUUAAAGUAAUGCGUUGUCUUGACUAUUUUUGAGUUGAAACAAAGCUUAUCUUCAAGUUAAGUUAACUCACAUUUUUAAGGCAGCAAGUGAACUUACAUUUCUAAGUUUAAAAUGUUUUACAGAGUGGAAUAAAAAUGCCUAGUCUUUUUCACUGCAACUUCAAAGGAAGCAAAACAAUGUAGUUAGCUGUGGUGUGGACUCUACUAUUAUUUUACAUUUAGAAUGAUUUUAGAACUACAUCUUUAUCGUUAUCUUUAUAGUUAUCGUCCUUGGUGUGAACGGGCCUUUACAUUGUGUCGUAACCAGAAAGUAUGUUGUUGAAGUGACAAACGACGAGUAAUUUGUCUGUGCUCAGCAACAAAACAAAACGGCAGAUCAUUGGCAUAUUUAGUAGUGUUUGCUUACUGUUGCUUAUACUUAGGGUUAGCAAUUUGAACACCCCCCUAGACUUGUGUAUUAAACUUCAGUGUUACGGCUUGUUGAGAUGUAUGCUGUUACUUUUCAAAGAGACUCAACUUUGAAGACUAACAUAGUCUUGCAUUGAAAAAGGGACCCCAGCAAUAUCUGGAGAUUGAGACUUGUUAACCACGUAGCGCCCUAGUAAACGCAUGGCAAUGCUCUAACAACUACUCCAUUUGCUGUGGUAGGCCAACGGCAGCACAACAGAAACAAAACAUCAGCAUGCUUUUAUCACAUGACACCUGGUUAGGACAUGGUGUUGGACUCAAAACAAGUUCAGAUAAUCAGUACCCCUACUGCCGCCUUAUGAGACUGAUAUCAGCUGGAAUCUGACCAGUUUAAGCCCUUUUCUGUAUGGUCUAAGCUCAUGAUAUAGUUAGCAUACUGCUGAUAUUGAUUACAACAACUCAGGUGGUGCUUGGAUUUACAAUGACCAAUGACACAAAGCUCAGAUUCAGCAAAUGCCGUGAACUAGCUUGACACUGCCACUCUGUAGAAUGGGAUGAAACUGGUCAGAGGCUGAAUCUGUGUCUGUCCUCUGAGACAUGUGACAUAAACUCUCUCGAGUCUCCUGACCAGCAUCUUUUUCCAAAGAAACACAUGGAGGAUGACGAUUACAUUCCAUGUUUGGUCUAACAUGUCAAACCAAAUCCUCAGUGAUUAUGUGUAUGACCUAGAGACACUCGAGCUCGAGCUAAUCUCCAGGUGUACGUGUACAUUUUUAUAACUCUGUUUCGAAGGUUUUCUGAAUCAACAGGGUUGUUUUUUUACACAUUGAUUUGAGACCAAUUUUGUGGUUUCUUUCAAGAUUCGCAGGUUUAGAGGAGUAGACUAGACUUUGCUUCUCAGCGGUCCUGCCCCAGACUCAAGCACAGUAUUUUUUUCUUGUUUCUUAAUGUUUUUUUGUAAAUUUGAUAUUUUGCACUAAUCAAUUUUUUGUCAGUGUAUUGUUUGUGUUUCUUUGUUUAUGCUUUUUUUUUUUUUUUUAUCUGAUAUUGACAUUUAGACAAUGUAUGAUAGAAAUACAUUUACCAUAAUAUUAUCAUAUAAUGAUAAUAUUUUUUUAAAAAAGAGUUUUCAAAUGAGGUCAAAUAUAGAUGACAUUUUAGCUGAUUGUUUUUUUUUUUUUUUUUUUGCCAUUAUUAUUUUUUUAAUUAACAUGCUAAAAUGAUCAUUUGUUAAAGUCUUUUCUUCCACACAGCCUUUAAUCUAAUCUGAAAUUUAAAUCAGUCAAUCAGUUUACACCAUAGAACCAAUGAUUGAAAAAAGAUUAAUGGUCAUUUUUUUCACUGAUGUAAUGUGGUACUAGUAUGAUUGACCGAGGUACUUUAAAAUAUGACAGAUGUAACUGCAUAUGAUAAUUCACUGAGCCACAAUGCUAUAGAUACAUACAGCAUUGGAUGACAAAUGAUAUAUUGGAUGACAAAUUAUGUUCAUGUGGGCCGGUGCUCAGUUGGAAUCAUCUAUGAUAAACACAUUUGCUGUCUACGCCUUUUAGUGUAUGAAAUAUUGAAGGCCAACAUUAACUUAACAGCACAAAAGCCCCUACAAAAUGUUGUCAGUCACCUUGUGUGUGUAUUUGCAUGCUCACAUUUUCAGCACAAUUUCUAAUAACUUUUGUCUUUCAUGAUGUGGAACUCUGUGUAUAAAUGGAUUUGAAGUGUCUCUAACCUCAGCUGAAGAGGACAAAUUGAGCUGCACCACUUUUGCAUGUGGUAUUUCAGCCUGCAUCUUAUUCGCCAACUAUCCUCAUUCUAGCAACAGGCCCAAUCAGCUCUGAAACAAUGCUGUGCUAUGAGUAUUUCAAUUUAAAUUCAUUGUCAUUUGUUGUUCACGCAGACAGUCCUUUUCUUAUUGUAAAUUAGGCUCAUUAUUGAUUGUACUUUAUUUACACAUACUCUGUCCUAUUUGCCCGGCGCAGUUAACAGUGCACUGUUACCACCCACAAAAACAGAAUUUAUUUAACAUUACAUUUAAUAUUCUGUCAGUAAAUCAGCCAAUGAUGAUCAAAUGGUGGAGAGUAGUUAUAACCGGACAAUUUUAUGAUUUUUAUGUACCGAAAAAUGCCAUGACAGAAGCACAAAUAUUGUUUUUAUCAACAUAUGAAUUCAUAGACAGAAUCAUGCACUUCAAAGUGCCUUUGAACGCCAGUAUUUUGCCUUAAAAUGGCUGUUUAUGGUGCACAAACAUUUAGCUUUAGGUUUAUGUCUAAUGUUGUCUAGAUAACAUCAAUGUCAUUAUUGUGAUUUUGAUACGCUUUGUAUUAAAAUAAAUACUGCCUGCACAGUU